AUGGCACCCAUGACGCCCCGGCUCAAGAUCCUCUCAGUCGUCCGCGUUCCCGAAGAAGCCGCCAACACCGUCGGUCCAUUCGAUUAUGUGAUUCUGUGCAUCAAGGCCCUUCCCGACGUCUACGACCUCGCCGCCGUCAUCGAUGCUGUUGUUACUCCCCAGCACACAUGCAUCCUGGUCAACACGACUCAUACACUCGGUGUGGAAGCCGCUAUCGAAGAACGAUUCCCUACCAAUGUCGUCCUGUCGCUGGUUUCCAACGCUGAGCUUUCUCAGCUUGGCCAGAGCGAAUUCGAGCACAAGGGAUCUACUGAAAUUUGGGUCGGACCCUCCAGCAAGAAUGAUAACAUCCCGCCGGCGAUUCAGGAGGAUAUGGCUCAGGCGCUUGCCAUGACAUUGACAACGGGCCAGGUUGACUGCAAGGUUUCUCAGAAUAUUCGCCAACAGCAGUACGAGAGGGUCAUUGGUCCGAUUGCAUUCCACCCUGCGAGUGUGAUAUUCGAGACAGCAAACCAUACCCAGCUGCUCGAGAAGAUUGGCGUUAGGGACCUGGUAAACGACGUGAUCGAUGAACUGCUCGCCCUCGCGACGGCGCACGGUUGCAAAUUCGCACCCGAUUUCAAGCAAAAGACAAUCGACGAAAUGACGAAGCCCACGCCUACCGAGAGCAUCAUGUGGCAGGAUUACAUCGCGAGACGCCCGAUGGAGGUCGAGACAUAUCUUGGUUCCCCGAUCAAACUGGCCAAAGAAGCCCGCAUUCCCGUUCCGCGUAUCGAAACACUCUACGCUGUUCUUCACAACCUGAAUAUCGUCAACCGCCAGAGGCCGCCCAAGCCUGUCGAUGGCAUGGGAGCCCCGGGAUCUCCCACCUCCCAGUCACCGGCGCCAAGAAUGUCCACACAGAACGGCGCGCGCCCGAUGAACGGCAGCGGCAUGCCUCCUCGUGGUCCCCGCCCGAGGAACUCGUCCAACUUGGGGCCCCCGCCCCCGAGCAUGCGCCGACCGCCUAUGAACGGAGGCCCCCCCAACGGCUACCCCCGUGGCCCGCCCGGACCUGGAUCUCGAGCAGCAUCCAGGCGAGGAUCGCUGGAAGGAAAUGAAUUGGAGGAGUUCUCUCACCUCAUGCUGUACGACGAUAUUCCCGAGGGUGGCGAGCCUGGCUACGUCCCCGGCCCGGAUGGUUCUGACUUGACACUGCGUGAACGAGAGUUAGAGUUGCGCCAGAGGGAGCUGGCGAUGAGGGAGCGAGAGAUGCGGAUGAGAUCGAGGGGACCGCCUCCCAGAAGAGGUCCCCCAGGACCUCACCCAAUGCGCAACAGCGCGCAGGCAUUUGAUGAUGAGGACGAUGACGACGACUACUUCGACCCCAUGUCUGGACCCGCGCCUCCCAUGAUCGACCCUGAGAAUUUCGAUAUGAUGAGCGUCACAUCAAGGAAGAACCGGAAACAAGCACCCCCUCCUCCCAACCGUGCCCAAUAUCACAAGAAUGAGAUUUACGAUUCUGCAGCACCCCCUGUUCGAAACUCGAGAUUUCGCCCGAACUUCGGCCGCAAUCGAUCUAGCCAGAUCGCUAACAUGCCUCCCAUGAACGAGAACAUCUUGGACGACCCGCUCCUGUCCAUGACGUCAAACCGUUACGGCGCAGUCGAUCGAGGCGCCAUGCACGCGGGAUCCCGAGCGAACUCGCUGACGGCUUCGCGCUUGGACGAAAUGCAGAUGGGAGGACCGAUGCAGAUGGGCAUGAACGGAGCAUUCCCUCGACGAGCUAGUCAGUCCCCGGGAAACCCGUACAGCCCUUCGAUUCGAGGUGGCAGCGGUAGACCUUCGCCGCCGAACGGUUAUGGCGGCCCGUCCAUGAACGGCCGGCCAUCGCCUCCUGACGGUGUCCGUCAACCCGUGCCCCGAUACCCUCCCGGCCAUGGUAACGCAGUCGCGCCACAGCAGGUUGAGCAACAUGUCGGGGUGAGCGGCCUCCUUCCACCCAAGCAGAAGAAUGUGAGAAGUCUGACUGGUAGUGCGAGCGCCAGCGCGGGCAGUGGUGAAUCUCAACCGGACACUGAGCCCUCAGCCCACAGCAGUCAGAGUAGUCUUGGAGCGCGCCCGCCCAUAGGAGUGCGGUAA